AUGGCCUUCUUUUCUUCUGUUCUUAAGAGAUUAAGUCGUUUGAAGAGCUUGGAAUCUGAUAAUUUGGAAACACCUAUGAAAAGAUGUCUUUCCACCUUCGAUCUGACAAUGAUUGGUAUUGGUUCCAUGAUGGGAGCAGGUCUUUACGUUCUCACUGGAACUGUUGCAAAAAAUACUGCUGGCCCUGCAGUCAUUAUAUCAUUUGUUAUUGCGGGAUUCGUCAUACUUCUCGCGGCAUUAUGCUAUGCGGAAUUCGGGGCAAGGAUUCCCCAAACAGGAUCGGCUUAUACAUACACAUAUGUCUCCAUGGGCGAGUUUUGGGCAUUUCUGAUUGGUUGGAACAUUGUUCUUGAAUAUAUCAUAUCUGCUGCAGCUGUGGCGCGUGCAUGGAGUGGAUACUUUGACGAAAUGCUUGACCACAGAAUACGUAACUUCACUUAUGAAUACAUCACAGGUGGACCAUGGGAUCAUCCUCUAUUGGCACAAUAUCCCGAUUGGUUUGCUUUAUUAUUAAUCAUCCUUGGCGUGAUUAUAACGGUUUUGGGGGCAAAUUUAACUUCUAAAAUAAACUCUUUUCUUACUAUAUUAAACAUUUGCACUGUUAUACUCGUUAUAGGUGCAGGUUUGAAUUUUGUUAAUGUAUCCAAUUGGAAAAUUGAAGGUGGUUUUGCCCCUUUUGGCAUUUCAGGCAUAAUGUCUGGCGCUGCAUCGUGUUUCUUUGCUUACAUGGGUUUUGACUUUAUUACUGCAUCGGCUGAAGAAGCUAAAAAUCCAGCAAAAAGUAUCCCAAUUGCAAUAUGUACAUCUUUAGCAGUUGUAGCUGCAGCAUAUAUUGCUGCAUCAGCAGUGGUCACAUUGAUGGUACCAUAUUAUGACAUUGUACCUGAAGCAGCAUUUGUUGAUGCUUUCCGCCAUGUAGGGGUGAAGUGGCUUAUGUACGUGGUGGGAGUCGGAUCAUUGAUUGGCAUGACUGCUACUUUUUUAACUGCUAUGUUUGUUCUUCCACGUAUCGUAUUCGCAAUGGCUAGAGAUGGUCUUCUGUUUGAAGUGUUGGCUAAAGUUAAUUCACAUACUCAUGUACCAGUAGUUGCCACUGUUACAUUGGGUGUUUUAGCAGGAAUCCUUACUCUCGUGUUCGAUUUGGAAUCAUUAGUUGAGUUUUUGUCAAUUGGUACUCUUUUAGCAUACACCAUAGUAGCUGCUGGUGUACUUGUACUACGAUAUGAACCAGCAGAGGCAUUUACAAUUGUCGACAAACAUACAAAUCAAGAUACAAUUGAAAUGAAUUUGAAGAAAAAAGAUGAAACAUCUCCAUUGAAUAGUGUAGACUCCCAUUUACAUGGUGGAGAAGUCAGGAAAGAGUUUAAUGGUUGCAGGAUUUUACGAAAUGCUAGACCUGGUACUAUACCAGCUUUUGCAGUAUUUAUAAUGUCCAUAUUCAUGUUUACAUUAGCUGCUGUUAUUGUAUUCUGUGGUGACGCACUAGCAGAAGCAAGGUUCUGGGUUAUUGUGAUUGUGGUUAUAUUUGGAUCGGUCGUGUUACUUUGUUUUUUUGUGUUAUGCAUACACUAUCAGAAUACGAGUAUUGUGACGUUCAAGAUGCCGUUGGUGCCAUUAAUACCAUCUCUGAGUAUAUUUUGUAAUGCUAUUCUUAUGAUGAAUCUAUCUUAUAUGACAUGGAUUAGAUUUGCUGUCUGGAUAACACUAGGUAUGAUGCUGUAUUUCUGUUAUGGAAUUCGUCACAGCAAAUUGGCCAUGUCACUAGAAGAAGAAAACAAUGAUCUAAACCGUUAUUAUAUAAUGCCUGCCGAGUUCCGUAGACUUAUGGCAACCACAGAGUGUGACAACACCAAAUAA